GCAGCUGCCCUGUUGUGAUUGGUUGAGACACUCCAAGCCGGGAUAGUUUGAAAAUAGUGUGGCUGCUGCUAGGUUUGUGACUGUUUUCCAAAGAGACGUUGGUGGCUUUCAGCCUAAAAGUUUAAAAGAAAAGAUUUUACAAGUUCUUCAUGGAGCAGGAUUCGCGGGAUGCUGCGUGUCCGGGGAACGACGCGUCAGACGUGGUCGUGGUUAAUCUGGACUUUGUUAACGGAGACACGGACAACGGCCCGGCCGAUAAAGGCUACAGCGGGACGGAUAUAAAUCGAGCCCUCUUUAAAAAUGAGGAGGAGAAGAAAGAUGAAGAUGGUAGUGAUGACGACAGUGGAACAUACUACUUUAACACUGAAGCGUCGGGGACUCGGCUGCAGAGACGUGAGCCACCUUCAGGAGGAAGUUCAAGUCUUCCUGAUACGUUCCAGACCAGCCACCUGUUGUUCUAUGAGAGGUUCAAGGCCUACCAGGACUACAUGCUUGGAGACUGUAAGCCUUCAGAGGUGAAGGACUUCACAGCAGACUACCUGGAGAAGACAGUGGAGCCAUGUGACUGGUUGGCUCUGUGGUCUACUGAUAUCUUUGAUGUUCUGGUGGAGGUGCGAGAUGUGGAAGUGAAGGACCUGAAGGCACGUUUGAGGCUGGUGCUGCCUCUGCAGUGUGAUACCAGAGGCUGUGAGCUCAAUGAAGAGGCCAUGACAUCUCUUCUGGAGGCCACUCAGCACAAAGUGCCUCUGCAGGAGCUGCAGGUGGUCUACGAGGAGUCUGGGGACUUUGAUCAGACUGCUCUUGCCCUUGAGCAUGUAAGGUUUUUCUAUAAACACAUUUGGAGGGAGUGGGAUGAGGAAGAGGAGGAUGAUGACUUUGACUACUUUGUCCGCUGUGUGGAACCCCGGAUAAGACUCUACUACGACAUGUUGGAGGACAGAGUCCCAGCAGGCCUGGUGGCAGAGUACCAGUCCUUACUGGAGAAGUGUUCCAAGUGCUUCCAGCAGUUCUCCGCGUUGCGCAGUGGCCUCAGUGCCGACUCGGAUUCAGAGCUCGACAACGUGUCCAUGGUAGAGGGCCUGAAGCUCUGUGACCAGCUGGAGACCUUCAAACGGAAGCUGCGCAUCAUUGAGAACCCCCUGCUGAGAUAUGUGCUGGCCUAUAAAGGAAAUGCGAGGCAGCAGUGUGUGCAGAGCAGAGGACCUCGAGCAUCAGGCGCAAAGGUGGUUCAUGUGGUUACAGCGUCCUGCAGCACCGUUCAGCUGCAGUCCCUGCUUAGUGCCAGACUCAUACCUCUAUGCUCAUCUGAAGACACUGAAAUUCAGUUCCACAGAGAGCCAGUAUCAGCUGUGGAUUCAUGCCAUCAGGGCGACUUGGUGAUUGUUCUCCCAGGAAUGUACAGUGUCAGCAGCUCCAUCUUCAUACCAGACUCCAUCACCAUAGAAGGCUUUGGGUUUCCUGAUGAAGUGGUGAUUGAGAAGAAAAGCAAAGGUGACUCAUUUGUGGAGUCUACAGGCGCUGAUGUCAGGCUCUCCAACAUCAAGUUCAUCCAGCAUGAUGCCAUUGAAGGCAUUCUGUGUGUGCGUCAGGGGACUCUGAAUAUGGAGAACUGUGUGCUACAGUGCGACACCACUGGAGUCAUCGUGAGAACAUCUGCCCGUCUCACUAUGAACAUGUGCGACCUGUAUGGCUCCAAGGGGGCAGGUGUGGAGAUUUACCCCGGCAGCGUUUGCAGUCUUGUUGGUAACGGCAUCCAUCAUUGUAAGGAUGGGAUCCUCAUCAAGGACUUUGCAGAUCAGAUGGAUGCAUUGCCUUCCAUCACCAUGGAGAACAAUGUGAUCCACAACAAUGAAGGCUAUGGGGUGAUUCUGGUGAAACCCAACAGUGGGGAAGAGCCCAGCAUCCCUGUGAGCAGAAGUGAAGAGCACCCUGAUGCACACACACAAGAGGAAAAGCAGGGAGGAUCUUUAGACCAUCACUUGAUCUCCACCUCAUUUUCAACACCACCUGUCAACACCACGUCCACCAGCAGCCCCUCACUACCUCUUUUGGCUGAGUCUGCUAAGAACAGCUCAGAUGGUGAUGCGGCUGUGUCUACAGGCAGGAAGUGGCAGUUUAGCCAUCAGCUAAGCAGGAACAUGGAAAUGUCUAUCCAAGCUGUUGAGGAUCUGAAAGACCACCAAAUCUUUGUGUCCUUUCAAGGAAACCAGUUCAAGCGCAAUGGCAUGGGCGAUUUUGGCACCUUCUGCUACUAACACUGUGACCUAACAUUGCCUCGCACCCCUCGGCGUUUCUGCCCAGUGUGUAUGAUGACACUAAUCUUUUUGCCAUAAAAUAAAUGUUGCAGGAAUGUGUUGUUCUGAUUCACAUGUGUGGAGCUGUGCAUGGGCAGUUCUGAACAUCAGCUCUGUUGUUGUCAGAGUUGAAGUCCAGUGACUGUGGAUGGGCCCUUCCUUUGGAAUUUGCACUUUUUUUUUAAUCUGUUUUAUUCCUCUGAGCUGCUGCUUUAAAAAAUUUUUAAAUCCACAUGUUGUUUUGUUUGUUUUAUUCUGAGGUGGUGGCUUGCCCAGUGCUGAGGUUCACACAGAUGCUUUUUAAAUUGAUGAGUUCAGAUUUUCAGAUGUGUAUGACAAAGUUAAUAGUUUAGAAAAGUUUCAUUUGCCAUGUUCUGAAAAUGGAAUAAAAAUUAACUCUACAGUUUAAUAUUUAGAAAGAACCAAGUGUGGUUGAUGAUGCAUUUUGUGAAAUGGAUGAAUAAAAUACAUUUUAAAGUCAUAUUUCCCCCAUCCUUUUCUGUCUCGAUGUGCACCUUACCUGGGACAAGGAACACAACAUCAUGUCAGACAGGUCGGGUCUUUGCUAGCAAACUUGUGUGGCCGUCCUCGACCAUUUCUGUGUAAUUACAUUAAUGAAGAACACAAAAACCUAAUGUACAACUCCUUUUUAAAUGCCAUGGUUUAUGCACUGUUAGGUCCAUAUAUAUGUUUAGACACUGACAAGUUGUUUGUUUUUUACCUCUUUACUGAAACAUUCCAAAUAUAGUUAUAUAAUGGACAUAAUGUUUUGAGUCUCAGCUUUCAGUGUAUCCUUUCAGGGUAUGUUCUGUCAUUAUCAUAAAAGAGCUGGAGUUGAUUUGAGGUGUGGUGCUUUCAUGUGACAAAUUUUGCUGUGAACAGACAACAUGGGGUCAAAGUAGAUCUCCAUGCAGGUGAAACAAGCCAUCUUUAAGCAGCUACAAUAUUAGGAGUGGCAAAAUCUACAGUUGGUACAGAAAAAGAAAGAAAGCACCGGUGAACGCAGCAAUGCAAAAAUACCUGGACAUCCAUGGAAGACAACAGUGGUGGAUGAUCAUUUCCAUGGUCAAGAGAAACCCCUUGACAACAACCAAGUGAACAACACUCUCCAGGAGGUAGAAAUAACAAUAUCCAAGUCUACUAUAAAGCUACAGGUGCAAGCUACUCAUAAGCCUUAGGAAUAGAAAAGCCAGAUUGAAAAUCAUCUAAACCAAAAAAAAGAAAAGAGCACAGCUCUGGAAAAACAUCCUUUGCCAGAUGAAGGCAAGAUCAACCUCUACCAGAGUGAUGGCGUGGAAAACCUCAUGAUCCAAAGCAUACCACAGCCCCUUUAAAACACAGCAGAGGCAGUGUGAUGGCUUGGGCGUGCAUGGUAGUCAGUGGCACUGGGACACUGGUGUUUAUUGAUGAUGUGACACAGGACAGAAUUCUGAGGCGUCCAUCGCCUGAUCUUAACCCAACUGAACAUUUCACUUGUUGAAAACAAAACUUCAGACAGAAAGGCCCACAAAAAAAAAAAAAAAAAAAAAAAAAAAAAAA